GCGUCACAUGUUGUUUUUCUCCAGCAUCAGAGCAGCCACUGGUCUACGCGCACUGCUCUGCUGUUUUUACCGCAGCGGGCUUUCUUGUCCGCUGAGGAAUAUAGUAAACGGGUAACCUUUUGCAGUCUUUUCUUCUUUUUUUUUUUACUGUGAGCCUUUUUUCCUCUUAUUCCGGAGAAAUGGCAAGUCCUCCGGCGACGGGAGGACACCUGUUAUCUAAUGGGACGAAUGACGUGAAGAAGUGCGGCUACCUGAGGAAGCAGAAACACGGACACAGGCGUUUUUUCGUGCUUCGGGAGCCCACGGAGCGCUGUCCCGCACGGCUGGAGUACUAUGAAAGCGAGAAGAAAUGGAGAAAUAAGUCCGCCGCCAAACGCGUCAUAACUUUGGACUCCUGUCUGUGCGUAAACAAACGCGCCGAUGCCAAACACAAGCACCUCAUCGCCCUCUACACCAAGGACGAAUACUUUGCUGUGGCUGCAGAAAACGAGCAGGAGCAGGAGAACUGGUACACCGUUCUGUCUGAUUUAAUAGCAGAGAGCAAAGUGUUUGACAGCCCUGCUUCCACAUCCUCUUUAGUGGGGUUUGAGGAGACCACUUACGGACAGCUUACCCCUGCAACAGCUACCUACAAGGAGGUAUGGCAGGUCAACUUGAAAUCCAGAGGUUUGGGUCAAAUCAAAAACCUCACCGGAGUCUACAGGCUGUGUUUAUCCAACCGAAACAUCAGCUUCGUCAAGCUGAACUCUGAGACACCAGCUGUCAACCUCCAACUCAUGAACAUCAGGAGAUGUGGCCACUCAGACAGCUUCUUCUUCAUAGAGGUGGGCAGAUCAGCAGUAACCGGGCCAGGGGAGUUCUGGAUGCAGGCGGAGGACUCAGUGGUAGCGCAGAACAUCCAUGAGACCAUCCUGGAGGCAAUGAAGUCGAUGAAGGAGCUCUCUGAAUUCAGACCCAGGAGCAAAAGCCAGUCAGCCAGCACCAACCCCAUCUCUGUGCCCACCCGGCGCAACCUCAACAACCUCCCCCCAAGUCAGACCGGGCUGGUGAGGAGAUCCAGAACCGACAGCAUGGCUGCCACAUCCCCAGGGAGGAAGUUCACAUCCUGUCGGAUAAGGACGGCCAGUGAGGGAGAUGGAAGCGUAACCCGGCCAGUGUCCAUGUCCAUACCAGUGGGUGAGAGUCCUACCAGUCCCAAUUCUGGAAAUCACCUCAUGAGGUCCCACACCCUUAGCAACGGGCGCACCUGCAGGAUACUGGAGUCUGCAUGCAAUCUCCAUCACAGUCGUUCAAUGCCAAUGUCCAACUCUCCUCCUGCUGCCUCCAGUCCCAUCAGCUCAUCUCCCAGGGGAGGAACAAGGGUCUCAACUCCUGACAAAGCCAGACGUCCUUUCAGCUGCAGCGCCUCCAUAUCCGGUUCCCUCAGCGACACUGGCUUCCUUCUCUGUGAUGAUUUCAGCUCCAGCCCAGGUGAACACAAGUUUCUCACUCUGACACGCAGUGACACUCCUGACUCCCUGUCCAGCACACCUCCAUCCCGUGACCUGAGCGACCCCUGCGGCUACAUGCUAAUGGAGGGGGCUAACGGCAGCAGGUCCAGCUGUGGGAUCGAGGGUCAGAAUUGUGACAAGGCAUACAGGAAGCGAACACACUCCCUCACCACACCACGCCAACAGAAGGUGGUGACUCCAUUGUCCUCUGCUUCCUUGGAUGACUACACUCUAAUGAGGAUGGCCCAUGGGCAAAACUCCCACUCUGCUUCACCCAAAGUAUGCUACCCUGAGGAUUAUGGGGACAUAGAAAUUGGUUCAUCCAGGAGCUCCAGUAGCAACCUUGGUGAUGAUGGCUACAUGCCCAUGACGCCAGGUGUAGCACCUCAGUCUGGCAAGACGGAUAACUAUGUACCCAUGAGCCCCAUGUGUGUCUCAGCACCAAAACAGAUUGUCAACCCCAGGGUGCAUCCUCAGGCAGCUACCAAUGGCUACAAGGCCAACUCUCCCUGUAGCAGCUCUCUGGAAGACAGUGGAUACAUGAGAAUGUGGUGUGGCUCCAAAUCCUCCAUGGACAGUCCUGACAGACACAGCGAAUACAUGAACAUGUCACCUGGAAACCCACCCCCUCUGCAGACCCCUCCUGAUUACUACUUAAGCCCUCUUGCUGGGGAACCAGCGUCAAUUAAGCCGGCUUACCAGACAGGCUCCCUCACACUGCCUGCAAAACUUCAGUCAUCCAAGAAUGAAGACAGUGGCCAGUAUGUGUUGAUGAGCCCACAGAGUUCAAGGCAGAAGACUGGGGAGUCAGACUAUUAUUCAGUAAUGCAGCCAUGUGCAGUUCAAACAUCACCGCUGAGCCCCUCAGUCCCCUCCCCAGUCAGGCAUCAUCGAGCAGAGAAUCUGUCCUACAGAGGGAGGCUGGGGAGACCUAACAGGCUGUCUCUGGACACCCUGAGGACCCUGCCCAGCAUGAAUGAGCAUCCCCUGCCCUUAGAGCCCCGCAGCCCUGGCGAGUACAUCAACAUCGACUUCAACUGCAACAGAUCUUCCCCACCGUCUGCCGUAUUCACAGAGAGCCAGUCUUCCUCUCUGGGGUCCAGCGGCGGGCGCCCGGGACGGUCAUCUCUGUCAGACUACAUGAACCUGGAGCUGGGCUCGCACUCGCCCAAGGGGGCUGACACUCCGGUUGAGCGACUGGCUACCCUGCCUGAGCUGUCCUCAUGCCCCUGCUCAGAGGACGAUGUUGUGUACCAUGUAGAGUGUGAGAAAAGCUCCAGAAGCUUUGUUGAUGAGGUGAAAAACGACUAUACUGAGAUGACAUUUGCGAUGACUAGCUCACCCCCACAGCUUGUUCCUCAGAACUCAAGCAGCCAGAGCUGCAGGGAGAGAAGGCUAUCUCUUGAGGACCAAGGUGUUCCUGAACGGAUUGGGGUCUUCCUGCUUGGAGCAGCAACUUCCCCAACCGUGGACCCAGACCGCUCUGCCAAGGUCAUCCGGGCCAAUCCACAAGGGCGAAGGCGCCACAGCUCAGAAACUUUCUCCUCCACAGCCACAGUGACGCCGGUCUUUCCCUCAUUCGCACGCGGCGACGCAGUGAAGAGGCCGAGCUCGGUGGAGAACAUCUCGUCCCGCAGCAGUGAGGGUUCCGAUGAGGAGUACGGCAGUCCCGUGGCCCGCCACAGCUCAACCGGCUACUCUAACGGACUGAACUACAUUGCCUUGAACCUACUAGAAAACAGGGAUGUGGAGAAAUGUGGAGACCUGGUUGGCUUUAAACCCACCAGCAGCUGCAAAGGGGGCAUCAAUGGAUUACACAACACACCUUACGUCUGUUUGGGGUUCAAGGAGACUGCAACCACUGCCAAAGACUGAAGGACUUCGCUUGUCCUCGGCUUUGGCGUCUUGACCUGCUGCUCGAAACAAAAACAAGCAAGAAAAACACAAGAAAAUAGACAUUUUGUUUUGUUUUUGCCCCUUCGUCGGGCUCUGUGACCCGAAAAGACUGUGUGGACCCAUCAGCAUCACAAGCCGCCUGCUUGCACACACACUUGGGGAAAAAAGCAGGUCACCAUCUAUGCAUGCAGUGUAUCGCUGAAGGCAGUACAGGUGUGUGUGUGUGUGAGAGAGAGUGUAUGUCGGAUGUGUGUUGGUACGUCUCGUGUUCCCUGCACUUUGAGAGGCCAUUUCUCCUGUGACCUAAAUUUUGGCACAAGCACAGAAGCGAAGAUAGUCAGACAAUAACAAAGCUCUAAUGGUACCAAGUUACCGUUUAUUUACUUGAGGGUAGAUUUAGUGUGCAAGUGUUUGUUUCUGAGAACCGUAAAACCUGCUGCACUCUGCAGGGAUGGAACACCAAGGUACACUGAGUACAUAAAACUAGAAAGAAAAAAAAGUAUAUAUUGUAGUACACAUUAGACGUUUUAUUUAUUUUUUGGAUGAUGAAUGUUUGAUAAGACCUACCCGAUGCCUUAAUGUGUAUACUGUCCUUAAUGUUUCCUAUUAAAUAAGAGAUAAAUAUUCUAUUAGGGUAUAUUUGUUUAGACCUACAUCUCUAUAUUAUUAUCUUGUGGAAAGCAAAAUGCAUAGUUUACCAUUAAAUAUAUAUUAUUUCUUAAAUGUACAGAACCAGUUUGGCUGCUUGAGAGCUGAUUAAAGUAUUUUCUUAACGGAUAAUUUCACCCAUUUUAUGUUUUUUGUCCAAACAUAUUGGACUAGUACAACUAUAUUUCUAAAUGUUUAUCCAUGUCUUUUUGUGACUUAGCUGAGAUCCUCUAAUAAUAAUAACACCAGGCACUAUUCCUCAGUCACUUGAGCCUGAAAACCUCACACACUCCUACCUUCAAACCAAAGGCUUGCUGUUCGGGUCGACGCAGGCCUCCCUGCUGUGAUAUCAUUUGACUGUACAACUGUAACACUGAGAUGAUAACGAAGGGGAAAAGCCAACACAAACUCAACUUUAGAUUGGAGGCACAGUUGAGACGGUUUAACCUAGAAGUAUUGAAGGAAAAAGUUAAAGAGUAGCACCACCGUGGAGGCUCGUGGCAAGAGAAAACUUUACUAUUUAAAGAUUUUAAAUGUGUAAAAAAAAUCAUAACUCCUAGCUAAUGCGUGCUGGUCAUCUCCAGUAACUGCUAGUAAUCUACAGUAAGGAAACUUGGUUAUAUUAUUUCUGUAAAUUACACGUACAACUAGCAGGUCAGUGAUUGUUGUUUGGUUUUGAUCGCCAGAACCACAAUCAAUGGAAACUGGUAGAAAAUUGACAUAAAUCACUGAAGUAUUUAAUCAAAAUAUAGUACAAAUGGAAGGAGGCGGUUUGACAUACCCAAAAGCCUUUGCUAAUAUUACCAACUCUUAGCUAGCUGUUGUCAAAAAAUAUAAAAAAUAUGAAAAUUAAACUGCUUUUUUGCUGGUAAGAAAUGAAAGAAAAUGGCAACUUGCGUACAAAAUCGGAUUACAAUUAGUGAAUAACCUUGAGCCUUUGCUAACAUUAUUAACUGUUAGCUAACAAAACUCUUGAUGUAAUGAAAUUAGCUUAAUAUUUUCUUGCUUCUAAACUAUCAAAUAGUUUAAAAAUAUAUCUAAAGUGAAAACUUUGAGCAUAUGGAUGAAUGCUAAGAUGUAGCAUAAAGCAAACUGCCUCAGUAUACUGCUGUACAUCCAUCACAGCUUUGCUAGCAUUAGCUAACGUUAGCUGCUGUAAGCUACUAGGUUGUACUAGUAAAUGUGAAAACUGUCUUUAAUUGAGUGCCGUAUUACAUUGCUCCAUUUUCAUCUAAUCACAGAAAAAUUCAAUAUUUCUCCAGUUUUGAAUUAAAAUGAAACAAAUAAUGGCAGGAAGUCAAAUUAGCAAUCCUCCAAAAAUGGUUGCUGGGGUAUUUGAAAACAGUUUUUAUCGCCGUUUAUUACGACUGCUGUCUUUUUGAACUCUUCUGUGCCGACACCAACUGGCUUCAAACCCCUUAGAUCUACAGUAGAUUGUAAAACCUCUACAUGUCUGAAUGUAUCGCUGAUUUUUGCGGGGCCACCGCAGAUUUCAAAUGGUUUUGAAAGUGUUAAAUAAUAUUGGAGCUGUACCAAGCUAACUUAUGGUAUCUAUUUAUCUUUAGAGUUUGUACAUAUAUUGUGUAAAUAGAAAAGAGUUUACCUAAAAUAUUGUAUUCUUAGAUUUGACCUAGGUUGCAAUGCUAUUCCUGUGUAAAGACUUUGGCUACAGAUUUUUAAAACGGGAGGGUUUGUUUUGGAUCUGUACAGUGUAUUGUAUGCUUUUCUCCCUCACAGUCUGAUUAUAUAAAACAAAAAAAACUUGGUUUAUUUUAUUAUAGAGAUCUAUUUGCCUUGUUGACACACUUUACCUAAUGGCAUAUGCAAUAUUGACAUGAAUCAAAAAUAGUUUACAACUAUGGAACCAAAUGUAACAUUGCAUUGAUCCUUUUUUUCCAUUAAACUGGAGCUCUUUUUCUCCUUUUGUAUAUGUUUUUUCUUUCUGCCAAGUGUUUUUCAUUGCUGGGAAUUUUGUUGUUGACGUGUCUGGAAGCGUUUUUCCCAUUUCUGUGUCUGAACGGAUCGUUCUUUACUUGGAUUGACUCAGUAUGAAUGUGUUGUCUUCCAUUGUACAUAAUUCAAUAUGCUGUUUAUUGUGAUGCUCACAAGAGAUAAAUAUGAUUUAUAAAUUCUGGUAAAGUAUUGCUUUUGUCUGUAUUAAUUAUGGAUAGCACCCAACAUAAAUAAAUAAUUUAAAGAGUCA